CACAUUCCUCUUCCUGGAUUCUCCUCUUGUGCUACAUACAACAGGUCAUUAUGUCCAUCAACACCACCACUGACUGCCACAAUGACAGUACAAGCAUCUUCUACAAGCAUCACAUCAGCAUCUUCACCGUGUGCAUGUACUCCUUCAUCUUCAUCACGGGUCUCAUUUUUAAUCUCAUAUCACUGGUGGUUUUCUUCAGACACACCAAAUCCCGAUCACAAACCACUGUCUACAUGACCAACCUGGCAUUGGCAGAUGUACUGCUCAUCCUUACGUUGCCCAUGAGGAUCUACUACCAUCUGGGAUUUGCUGAGCUCUCUCCGUUGCUGUGUGAUGUCAUCGGUCUGGUCCUGAAGGCCAACAUGUAUGGGAGCAUCUUUCUCCUUACUUGCAUUUGCUUUGACCGCUGCAUGGCUGUGACCUUCCCUAUGUCAAACUGUGUCCAGCAAGGGAGGAAGAAAGCGCCGCUGGUUUGCCUCGGAAUAUGGAUGCUCACUUUUGGUGCCAGCCUGCCCAUCUACCUCUCCAAGCACAGACAAGUUUCCAAUGAGAAGCAUUGUUUUGAUAACUUUCCAGUCUAUGCCAUACAGCCACUGGUGGUUAUACCCACACUCUUUGUGGGGUUUGCGAUCCCUUUAGUAGUUAUGCUAAUCUGCUCUUGGGGUUUGGUCCGUGCUGUCCAGAAAAGUACUGUGGCCCAGACCAACCUAGUGGACAGCAGGAAGAUCAAGAGAAUGAUUGCUGCCAGCCUCUUCAUUUUCCUACUCAGCUUCCUCCCAUACCAUGCCAUCCUGGGCCUCCUCUCUCUGUACAGAGACAAAAUAUCAUGCCCCAUGCUAGCUGCAUACCGCUACAGCCUGAUGGUGGCAUGUCUCAACACAGUACUUGACCCCAUUACGUAUUAUUUCACCACAGACACCUUCAAGGGGAAGGUAAGCCUAAGCACUGUUCAGAGGAUGUUCCCCUUGAAUAGUCAAAGUUCUCUACAGGCAAACAGCAGGAGCAGAAUGCCUAACAACAGCUAAAGGACUGUUGAAGCGCCAAUUAUUACCCAUCAGCGGACUCUUUGUAUCAACAGGUUUUUCACAUCCCCUUCCAGUAUAAACAUUCUGAACAGCUAUAAAUUCUUUAGAUGCUUCGUAUGAGCUAGCUUGUUAAAAGCAUACACUGGCUGUCAUGCAUUUUAUGUAACAGGAAGAGAAGAUCAAGAAGAUUAAGAAGCAUCAGUACCACUAAAUCUAUUGAAAAUUGAAAUCUGCCAACUUGAUUGACAGGUGGAACUGAGCAACACAUUUCACCAGAGCCCACAACAGUUACAUCUGGAACCCAGUGAAAAGGGUUCAGUAAAGAAGCCUUAUCUUUUACCCUAUAACUAUCUAUUACUAUAUAUCAAUUUAUACAGUAUUGAUUGUUUGUGUAAAUCUGUUUGUAUUUUUAUUGCAAUGCAUU